AUGAGCGCUCCGACCGCAGAACGACCACGACCACAAAUUCCAUCACGCCGCUCUUCGGUAGAGUCCACAUCUAGUGCUGCAGAAAGACUGAGAUGGCGCAACCACCCCGAAGUCACGUCGCCGGGUCUUGAUCGCAGCAACCCGUUUGAAGACGAUCACGUGCUGUCGCACGAUUUCUUCCCCUCGAGCUCGGAUAAUGAUGGGUUCGGAGAUGGGGAUGAUGGAAAGAAUGGCGAUCCUGAGAAGCGCAUUCAUAGGAAGGCGGGGAAGGCGCAAGCGAGGAAAACUACAAGCGAUGCGGGCGACAUGGGAGUCUUGCAGGGAGCCGAGAAGGAGUCGGACGAGCGACGAAGACUAAGUUGGAGAGAGAGGAUACGACAUUUCACGUGGACAUGGUUCUGUAUGACCAUGGCUACUGGUGGUAUCGCAAACGUGCUAUACACCGUACCCUUCCGCUUCCAUGGCAUUUACGCCCUGGGCUGCAUCUUCUUCAUCCUUAACAUUGUCCUCUUCCUCUUCAACGUCAUCAUGAUCUCUCUCCGCUUCUACUGGUUCCCCAAAACAUUCAAAGCCUCCUUCCUCCACCCCACAGAAAGUCUUUUCAUCCCUGCGGCAAUCAUCAGUUUUGGCACCAUCUUGAUCAACAUCAGCCAAUACGGCGUCGACCAAACCGGAGUUUGGCUCGAGAAAACAAUGAUGAUCCUCUUCUGGAUAGACUGCGGUCUUGCAAUCUCUUUCUCCAUUGGCAUCUACCUCAUCAUGUGGUCCACACAGACUUUCACCAUCUCCCAGAUGACACCCGUGUGGAUUUUCCCUGCGUAUCCGUUGCUAAUUAUCGGCCCGCAUGCGGGGAAUCUCGCUCCCAAGAUAUCGGACCCUAAUCGCGCGCUGCUGGUCAUCCUGUCUGGUUAUGUCAUCCAAGGCAUUGGUUUCCUUGUCUCUCUAAUGAUCUACUCCGCCUUUAUAUACCGCCUUAUGACGCAAAAGCUGCCCAGGGAGUCGCUGCGACCAGGUAUGUUCAUCAGUGUCGGACCCUCCGGCUUCACCAUCUCCGGCAUUGUCACCAUGGGACAGGCGCUACCCGAAGUCGUGCCCGAGGAUUUCAUGGGCAAAGGCAUGGGCGAGCUAGCGGGAAAGGUCGGCAUGAUCGUCGCGAACUUCAUGGGAUUGUGGCUCUGGGGUCUUGCCUUGUGGUUCUUCCUCGUAAGCGUGGGUGCACAUUAUAGCUGCGUGCGCAGAGGCAAAAUGGACUUCGCCAUGACGUGGUACUCGUUCAUCUUUCCGAAUACGGCGCUCACAACGGCAACGUUUGCGAUUGCGAAGGCACUGGAUGGGAACAGGCCAAUUCAGUAUGUAGGGUGCGCGAUGACGAUCCUUGUGAUUGUAACGUGGCUCGUGGUAUUUAGCAUGAUGUUCCGUGCUGUAAAGAUUCACCAGAUCUUGUGGCCGCAGAAGCAAGAAGAUCGUACGGAGGGUGGUUGGAAGCAGCAGAGUGCGGAAGAGCAGCGAAGAAGGAGGUAUGAAGGCGGGCUGGACGGCUCAGAGGAAGGUAGGAGCCGAGGCUGGAGUAUGGUUAGAACCUUGAGCAGGCGCGGGAGGCCAGAGGGUGAUGCGAGGAAAAGGGGUUGGAGUUUUAGAACUGACCCAACUUGA